AUUUUGCUUCUGUCACCUUUUCUUCUUCCCCCGAUAACUACAUAACCUUUGAAUGCCAAGAGUGCAGGAGUGCAGGGAGAGAAGAAGGAAAGUUUGAGAAAAAGGUAGAUCCCCAGGCCAUCCAUUUCAGAUUAAGAAAAAGGUAAUUUUGUACCAAAAUGAACGAUCUUUUCUCAAGUUCGUUUAAAAAAUACCAAGACCUGAAGCAUCAGGUUCAAAUGGAAGACCUUGAAGCUGGUGGAAAUGAGUCUGUCAAUCUCGAUAGAUUUUUCGAAGAUGUAGAGAAUGUCAAAAAAGACAUGAGUGAUGUAGAGAAAUUCUACAAGAGGCUACAAGAAUCAAAUGAAGAAAGUAAAAUUGUGCAUAAUGCUAAAACCAUGAAAGAAUUGCGAGCCAAGAUGGAUUCUGAUGUAGCCCAGGUUCUUAAACGGGUUAAGGUUAUCAAAGGAAAGCUUGAAGCACUUGAACGUUCCAAUGCUGCUCAAAGGAAGAUCCCUGGUUGCGGUCCGGGUUCCUCUGCUGAUCGAACAAGGACUUCUGUAGUUAGUGGGUUAGGGAAAAAACUGAAAGACCUGAUGGAUGAUUUUCAGGGUUUGAGGGCAAGGAUGAAUGCAGAAUACAAAGAAACUGUUGGUAGAAGAUAUUUCACAAUUACGGGAGAAAAGGCGAACGAAGAUUUGAUUGAGAAUUUGAUAUCCAGUGGCGAAAGUGAAUCUUUCCUUCAGAAGGCUAUUCAAGAACAAGGGCGUGGCCAGAUUCUAGAUACGAUUUCAGAAAUUCAAGAAAGACAUGAUGCUGUGAAGGAGAUUGAGAAGAAUUUGAUUGAGCUUCAUCAGAUUUUCUUAGACAUGGCUGCACUUGUAGAAGCACAGGGGCAACAAUUGAAUGACAUUGAAAGCCACGUGGCGCACGCGAGCUCUUUUGUUAGGCGAGGCACCGAGAAUUUGCAGGAAGCCAGAGAGUACCAGAAAAGCUCCAGAAAAUGCACUUGUAUUGCUAUUCUUCUCAUUAUAGCCGCCAUUCUCCUCCUCCUUUUCCCAGUUUGGUCACAAUUUUUGCUUCGUCUGUAGAAAAAUUUAAGUUACAAGAGAGAGAACAACUUGCUGGCAUUUGAGAAAUCAAGACAGGUUUUUUGUGCAUUAAUUUUCGGGAUCUUUUAGCAUGUAUUGUUGCCUCUUGCAAGUGUUUCAAUCUUUCAGCACUUCUUUUUGACAUAACACUAAUUAGUUGACAUUGUAGACAUUUAUAUUUUGUUUCCGAUCGAAAUAAUAGAUUGUCAGUGUCCCCUUUGAACUAUGUAAUACCGUUCUUUAU